AGAGAAAAUAGAACUGAACGAUGGGCAGGAGCUGAAUGUAAUCAGAUAAUUAUGCUAUUUAGUGAUGGUGGCACUGAACAAGCUUGGGAAGUUUUAGAAAAAUAUAAUCCUGAUAAGGAAAUAAGAAUAUUUUCCUAUGCAAUUGGACCACAUCCUGUUCCUUAUGCCACGUUAAAAGAAAUUGCUUGUGCCAAUCGAGGAUAUUUUACAGCUAUUCAAGCUUAUGGACAAAUAAGGACAAAAAUACAAGAUUAUGUAAAAGUCUUGAGCAGACCACUUAUUUUGAGUGGUGAAAAACAUUUUGAGUGGACGAACUUUUAUAUUGAUGCAAUGGGUCUGGGAAUGAUGACUACUAUUACAUUGCCUGUAUUUAACAGAACUGAAACUGGGAACCAGACAAUGGUGGGGAUUAUGGGAGUUGAUGUAUCUUUGCAAGAAUUCCUUGAAUAUGAACCAUCUUAUGAGAUGGGACCUGUUGCUUACUCAUUUGGAAUUAAUCAUAAUGGUUAUGUUGUCUUCUAUCCUGAUCUGAAAACAGAGUUUGAAUUCACAGAGGAUCCACUUCCAAUUGAUUUUUUGGAUAUUGAAAUUGAAAAUUCAGCAAAAGAAGAGUUACGGGAGGCUAUGAUAAAUUUAGAAACAUCGAAAAGAUCACUGACGAGUCUUUUGAAGAUGCCAGACAGAGAACAUGUAGUUCGCCACCACAUGGAAUAUUACUAUACUCCUGUGAAUAAGACUUCAUUUUCGAUAGCAAUUGUCAUACCAACUGAUAGAACUCAUUAUUUGGUAGCAGAAGAACCAGAUGUUAGUGAGAGUUUGAAUUUAUUGGAUUUUCAAAUGUUGGGAAUGCAUAUUGCUCCAUGGAAGUAUUGUCAUGGUGCAAUUUUGAAGAUGACAACUCCAGAAAUAAUGAGCAAUUUAUCCAAAUCUUCUAGAGAAAAUCCUAAACAAUGCAAAAUACAGCUCUUGCAGAGACUUGCUUGGGAUAUUCGUAAAACUGAAGACAUAAUAGAUUAUUGGCAAUCUGAACAGCAAGAAGGCAAACGAAAAGGAGUUGUUGCUACUUUUGUUCAAACUGAAAGUGGCUUAACACGAAUAUAUCCUCCCAGUGAAGUACAUUACCUGGGAAAUCAAACCAAUCCAUCUAGAUCACUGAUAUUUCAAAGAGCAUUUUAUGGAGAUGAUUAUGUUUUCUUACCUCCUAAAGAUGAAUAUGAUCCAGUUUCUAAUGAAAGUGAAGCUGUAAUUACUGUAGUGAAAAGUAUUUCUUUUGUUCGCCAUGGCAUUUCAUAUAAACCUGCUGUUGUUGGUGUUAUGGUGGAUCCUUUGUGGCUUCAACCCUAUCUCCUUUCAACUCCCACUGGUCCUGGUAAAGUACCAGUUAGCUGCUCUGACACUGAUUAUAUCGUUUGCUACCUUAUAGAUGAUGGUGGUUUUAUAAUUUCUACUAACCAGGAUGAUCUUUGGAAUGUGUUGGGGAAGUUUCUUGGAGCUGCCGAUCCUCAAAUAAUGUCUGAAUUAUCUGAAAGAAAAAUUUUUGUGAGGAAUGAAGAUUACACUUCUGAAAGGCAAUGCAGAAAUGAAGUUAAAACCAAUGCUGGAUUCCGAGUUACUACUUUUCCAUUACAUUCUACAUUAUCUGCUUUUAACUUUGGAUGGUUAUUUGAUAUUGCUGCUUGGUCACAGUUAAAGUAUUGGCUCUUAAGUUUUCUUCAGCUGCUGAAAAUUCCAAAGACAGAAGCUGCACCUAAGUUCUAUGAGGUGUCAAACAAUACUGUGUGCACUACACGAGAGGUUCAGUAUUAUUGGGGUAGAUGGGGUAGGAGCUACAGUGGAGAUAUGUUUUGCAUCAAUUGCACCAGGCAAUAUUCAUUGGCAAAAGUGGGACAGAUGAAUGCUUUAUUGUUAGUAACUUCAAAACCAUGUGAUCCUAACUUAUGUGAACCUAAUUAUCCAUUGCUAAAAGCCAAAGAAGAAGUUGUAGGCAUUGGGUAUAAUCCUUGUAAUAGUCCUUUGAGGUACAGAAGACGACCUGAAAAAUGUUAUUAUUACAGCCCAAGUGAAAAUAACUCUGAAUGUGUAGCAGUUGGUACUCCAUUGUUACCUCAUUUAGUCCUUGUCAUUGAAUUACUGAGUGCAGUUUUUAUAGCCCAAAUAAUUUUCACAAGUGAAAAAUAAUGCCCCAGCCAGCACUAAAAGUGAACUACUAUGAAGCUCUGAAAGUGUCCAUAUAUGUCCUGCAAAUUCCUGAAUCCAUGAAACCUAAAUGUGUGUAUAUAACAUACAUAGGUGCACCAAAACAAUCUUCUUAUCAAAGUGAAACUGAUUAGUCAAAUAGAUCUGAAUUUUCAAAUUCAAAUGAGACUUGGAAUUCAAGUGAGACUUUAUUCUAUAAAUCUUUGGUUUUAAACACAGAAUUUCCUUAAUUUCUUUUUCCCAAUUUUGGGAAACAAUUUAAAAAUUGUGUUAUA